CCUCGCUCUGUGCAGUUGCCAUCAUUAUCUGGACAAAUUUCCUGCAGACUUUUAAAAAGUUGUACAGCAAUUGAUUGCUGUUUCACUGUUGCCUUCUUGAAAAGAAACUUCCAUGUCAUGUUGGAUAUUGAUUCCUGCAAAAGAAACAUUUCCUUUACAAUUGAGAAACUUAAAUUUGAAUUUUCUUCGCUGAAGUUCCAGUGGGGUGUAAAAGACACAUUAAAACUUGGUGAGGUUGUUUAUUUAGAUUACAGUUUUGAUAACAUGGAGGAUGAAAAACAGUUCAAAGUCAGUCUUAACAUUAGUGUACAGUUUAAUCCAGGGGAGACAAUGUUCCAUUGGGUAGUACUGCAGGAUUCACCUCUUCCAAAGAUACCAUGUGACUGGAAUACUGGUUUUGAUAUUGAAGGGUUUUCUUUAGAAAAUUGGCUGGAGAAGGUCAGUAUUCCAUCAGGACAACAGCUGUCAAAACUUGUAAUUGCUACGCUAUUUGAACAGCUUGGUAUUGGUAGACUUCUAAAUGAAGAGUCAUGUCAAAGAUCUGGUUCCAAGUACAGCCCAGUUCUGAAUGGUUGGAAGAAAACUUGCCCACUAGAUGUAUCUUUGACACCACUGCCUAGUCCUGUAUCAUGUAUGAUUCCAUCACAUUGUACUGCAGUGUACUGUUGUAUUGAUGUAGAUUUUCUGGACAGAUCAUUUCAUGCCUUCCUGGAUGUGAACAUGUGUACCAAUGUCAUGACAGUAGGACUAGAAAAACUUGUAAUUGAUCCAAUAAACUUGUUGGACUAUGAAUUUGGUACUACCAAGCACUUCAAUUUGAAGGGGAUAUUGAGAAUUACAUACAAGAUUGAUGACCUUCAAGAGGAGAAGAAACUUAGGGUCAGCUUGAAUCUCAGUGUGUGUUUUGAGUCAUCUAAACCCUGUUUAUAUGACCUUACAGUAUUCCAAGAUACCCUGGUACCAAAACCUCUCUGUGACUGGGAAGCUGAUUCUUUCUUUACAAAAAAUUUUUCUUUGGAAAAUUUUAUGGCAGAAGAAGGAUUUGACAUCAAUGACAUCCUGCCAGAGGAUAUUAUCAGGAAGAUAAUAGAACAGUUAGGACUGUCAUCUUACCUAAACAGUGACUCUUGUAGCUUGGAAUAUGAGCCUGAUAAAGAUGGAUGGAUCAAAGGUUGUUUUGAAGAUGUGAUAUUACCAGACUUACCAGCUGAUGCCAGGUGCUAUUUUUUGUCAUCUUGUUUAGGCAUUGAUUGUUGUUUAGAUGUAGAUUUCUUGAAGCACAAAUUCAAGGCCUCAUUUGAACUGGAUACAUGCCAUCAUCAGUUACAUUUACAGAUAGACAGAUAUCAGAAGACAUUGAAUUUGACAGAUUAUACAUACGGAUUCCCAAUCUACCUUGAAACUGGAAAAAAAACUUGGAAUUUCUAA